AUGGCUGAACAGACCGACACACUCAUGGAAGCACCACAAGCCGCGGCAACUUGCAACUCUGCGGCAGCAGAGGAGGAGCCCGAGCUCUUCAAAGCGGAUGAUUUUCGAAUCUACUGCAUGAAGGCGCGCAAGUGUCCGAGAGGUGACUCCUGCCCGUACGCGCACAACGUGUUCGAGUACUGGCUGCACCCCUCGCGCUACCGCACGCAGCUUUGCAAGGACGGCGCCGCUUGCGCCCGCCGCAUUUGCUUCUUCGCGCACUCACCCCUGGAGCUGCGCGCCGAUGCCCCCAAGCCACACGUGUCACCUGAGGCGCUCGCGUCCGCCACCGCCGCCGCCGCCCUCGAGGCCGCGCGCAGCAAUGCCCCCGCAGGAGAGGCCGAUCAGGCCGAGGUGAACCUGCUGAGCAAGUUGCUGAAGGCGCAUGGCGGCAGCGACCGGCCAGCGCUGGAGCACCUGCAGGCACAAGCCGCCGGAGGCCACUUUGCCCAGGAUCAGCAGCAGCAGCUGGUGGAUGCCCUGGCCACCCUCCUCCUGUCCAACGGCUUUUUGCAGCAAGAGCUUCCUGAAGCCCAGAGCCAGCCGCCGCCGGCGUUCGACGACCGGCUAGAGCUAUCGGCCAUGGGCAAGUUCCACUCUGUGCCCAUGUACGCGCAGUCGCGCCACCACCCCGGCAGCAUGCGCGCACCCCGCCGGCACCGCUCCGUCGACCUGGUAUCCAGCCUGGCGGCCGUUGCCGCCCCGGUGGCGUUUACUAACGACAACAUAAUCCCCGAGAGCUACAACUUCCUCGCCGGUGCCGCGGCCGACCGGCCGCCGCGCUACUCGCGCCGCGAGGAGGCCGCUUACAACGCCGGUGUAGUUGCAGCGAUCCAGCAGCAGCCGCAGCAGCAGCAGUGGGGAGUCGGCGACGCGGCCGAGUUCAUGCAGAGCCUGCAGCAGGCGGCGCGCGCGCAGGCGGCGGCCGCGGCGGAAGCCGAGUCGGCAGCUGCCGCGAAGCUGCACCCCUGCGCCGCCUUCCCUGGCGGCGCCUUUGGCGCGUCGCCCUUCCUCUCGUCGCCAUUCGCUGCCGACAGCUUUGCGCCGACCCAGCCGGCAAUGGGCGCCACUGCCGAGCCCGGAUGGACCUACGAGGCAGAGGGCAUGGAUUUGAGCGGGAGCAACGCGUUUGGCUUCAACACGGGCCGCCUGAGCAACGAUUCCACACGCUUCUCCUUCGACACCUUCUCUCCCACAGGCGGCCGCCGGCGCUCGCGCUCUGAGGGCCUGCCCACCGACUUCCGCUGCUCGGAGGACUCCAUGGGUAGCUCGGUGGACUGUGCGCCUCCGGCCAGCAACUGGUCAAACUUUGCCAGCGGCGCCGCGGCCACCCAGGCCCCCUUUGUUAAUUACCAGCUGUCCUCCCUGUUUGCCUCCUCGGCCCCCUUUGACGCCGCGGCCGCCACCCGGGGCUUCUGA